AUGUCAUGCCGUUUCUCGAAUCACGGCGAAUUUCUACCCGAACAAUUCGAUUCGGUCGCGUGCUCCGCGUGCUUCUACUUCAUUUUCAUGCUCGUCGAGCCCUACAGCUCGAAAUAUCGAAUCAAUUUGUGUCCCAACUUCUCCGGGAUCCUCGUGUGUCCCAAUGAGACGCCCGAAUCCGAAUGCAAUUGUGAGACGCGCGCGCACGUCUACAAUCUCGAAGAGUUUGCGUUGAUCAAAAACUGGACGACACCGCUGAAUGAGCUCGUGCUCAAUCCGCCGCUACCGUAUCAAUUCGACUAUGUGACUCGCGAUUGUUGUGCGGCAGCGCGCAAUUGCUGCAGAAAUAAAUUGAUGACGAAAUCGACGGACUCACGCCAAAAAUGCCCGCCGACAUGGGAUGGCUGGAAUUGCUUUGAUUGGAGCACGGUGGGACCGGCGACUGCGCCAUGCCCUUCGUACAUCUACGGAGGACACUAUCGACUGGAUGACAGGACCACGGUACAAGAAUGUACUGAAUACGGCUGGAAGGAUCAUGACGGACGAGGAAAGGAGCAUACGAACUAUUCGCAAUGUCCAAUCUCGCUGUCCAAGGAUCCGGAAGUCCGACUCAUCGCCGGUGUCAUCACCUACUCGAUUAGUGUGGUUGUUGUCCUUCCAGCAGUCAUGUUGCUCGCAUGCCUACGUCCAAUUCGAUCGCAACCAAUGUUCAUCCUUCACCGACAUUUACUUAUCUCGUUUCUUGCUUAUGGCGCUUUGAAUCUUCUAAAUGUUUCAUUAUUCGUCGUCGCCGAUGCUCCACUCUUCUCCUUCAUCUAUUCGAAUCAUAUCUUCUGUCGCCUGUUGUUCUCGAUUCAACUACGAUUCCUUCGUCUCAGCAAUUUCUCGUGGAUGCUUGCCGAAGGAGUUUAUCUCUUUCGUCUACUUUAUUCGGCUAGACACAGCGAGGAUGAAACGCUGAACAGUUACAAACUGGUAUGCUGGGGAGUGCCGGCGGUUCUGACCGCCGUUUACAUGAUGGUCCGUGGCAUAACCGACGAGGUCGGAUUGUGCUGGAUCGAGAACUCGCUGGUGGCCGGUGUCGAGUGGAUGAUCAUUGUGCCGUCGCUUCUUGCAAUGAUGGUCAACGUUCUUCUGUUGACCCUCGUCAUGUACAUUUUGGUGAAAAAGCUUCGGUGCGAUCCGCACCUCGAACGAAUCCAAUACAGAAAAGCUGUUCGCGGAGCACUAAUGCUGAUUCCAGUGUUCGGAAUUCAGCAGCUUCUCACGAUAUAUCGAUUCGAAAACACCGUAUACCAGGCGAUUGAUCAGUCUCUAAACGGCUUACAGGGACUAUUUGUGGCUCUCAUCGUGUGCUAUACAAAUCGAACAGUCAUCGAAAGCAUAAGCAAAUACUGGAAUUCGCGUCUGGAAAAGCGCGCGAUUGGAGCCGAAUGUCGCCAAAGAAUGAGUAUUCAGGAGAACAGCAAAGUGCUUUUGAAGCCACUCGCAUCAAAUGCCAACAAUAAUCUGUGA